CAGCUUCCAAAUUGUAUAGCUCCUUCAUUAAUUCAGGUCUGAAGCAAAGCAACAUUACACCACACCAAUGACAGCUUUCCCUCUCCUCCUCCUCUUCCUCCUCUCUCUCUUCCUCCUGAACCACUCUCUCUCCACCGCAGCAAACAUUCACAAAAAAGGCCACUUCAGACCAAAGCUCAAAUCUCACCUCGCCAAAACCAACAUUACCACAAUCUUUGAAGUAACCAAACCCAUCCAAGUUCCCAGAACCAAACCCUGCUCUUACCUCCUCCUCCAACAUGAUUUCGGCUACACAUAUGGACUACCACCAGUUCUUGCCAAUUAUACGCCACCCUCAGAUUGCCCGUGUCAAAACUUCGCCAAAAUUGUUCUCCAAUGGGAGGCUGCAUCCAAUGGGACGCAAUUUGAUCGCAUUUUCGGGGUCUGGCUAGGUGGCGUGGAGCUUCUCCGGAGCUGCACCGCAGAGCCGACAGCCACCGGAAUCGUUUGGACGAUAAAGAAGGACAUCACGAGGUAUUAUUCAUUGUUGAUGAGUAAUCAAACACUUGCUGUUUAUCUUGGUAACAUUGUUAGUAAUGUUUAUACCGGUGUGUACCAUGUGAACUUGACGGUCCAUUUCUAUCCUGCUGAAGUGAGUAUCGGCAAUUCUUUUGGUGGGUAUGGUUCUUGGGCUGAUCUGAUCUUACCCAUUUCGCGGAAUCUACCUUUGAAUGAUGGGUUGUGGUUUGAAGUCGAAAAUUCAACUGAUAUAGAGUCGAAAAAGUUCAUGAUUCCCCGAAAUGCAUAUAGGGCUGUGCUGGAGGUUUAUGUUUCGUAUCACGAGGAUGAUGAGUUUUGGUAUACCAAUUUACCGAACAACUUUAUUACCGCAAACAACCUCUCGAUUCCGCCUGAAAACGGGCCUUUUAGGGAGGUUGUGGUCACUUUGGACCGCGUGGAAGUCGGCGCAAUUUGGCCUUUUACCGUGAUCUAUACCGGAGGGAUAAAUCCCCUUUUGUGGAGACCUAUUACCGGGAUCGGAUCUUUUGAUCUCCCUUCCUAUGAUAUUGAGGUCACUCCCUUUUUGGGCACAAUACUUGAUGGAAAGACCCAUGAGUUUGCAUUUAGCGUGACAAACGCUCUGAAUGUGUGGUACAUAGAUGCCAAUUUGCAUGUUUGGUUGGACAGGAAGAGGGUAAAAACCAAAGGCCAUCUUUUGAAACACUACAUAUCGCCUGCGGUUGUUACCCUGGUAUCUAACUUGACAGGUAUAAAUGGGAAUAUUUUGACGACUGUUAAUAAAUCUGUAUCGUCGGUUGGAUGGGUGAAGUCGUCCCAUGGAAAGAUCACCACGAAUUCAACCCAACGAUUCGAUUUUAGUAACUUUAUGAUAUUGGGGGAUGAUGGGAAUUUACAGAUUGUUAACCAGACAAUCAGCUUCAAUGAUAGCGUCCAUGCCAAAUUGCCAUCUUCUUCGGUUUUCUCAAUUAAGUCAUCGAAACGAUUUCCUCUAUACCUAUACACUGACGAGGUGGACAAGGGAAAUGAAACUUUCUUAUUGGUAACGAAUUUGACAUUGGGUUAUAAUGAGAAGAAGAGGGUUAAAGCUGGUGAUUUUGGAUUAUUCGAUAGUUCUCUGAAAAAUUUGCAGAAUGGGCAGGGUGUUCUGCUUGUAGUGAACAAUUCGGUGGUUGCUGGCAUAGGGAGUACACAAGAAGUAUACCGAUACGAUGAUAGUACAUUCUGCUAUUUUAGAAAUGUUAGUAGCUCGAAUUACACCAUUCUUUACGAUAAAGAGAGAAAAUCUUGCCGCAAAUAAUUUCAGCCUCUUGGGGAUUUUGGGCUUCCGAAUGGUGUCCUUUUCCUGCUCGGAUGGUCAUUCUAGCAUCUGCUUUUCGUGAUGAUAAGUAGUAACAGCAUCGAAUCCUUCAUUUGGUUGAUUCUUCAUUUACUUCAGUAAAAGAGUUCUCGUGUGCGUGUUCUGCAGCUAGCGUAUUUAGAAGUCCGAAGAUCAAAUAAAUAGGAAUGGUGUAUAAUUUUCUUCAGAUACCACAAAACCGAAAUCAUUACCUUUUACACUGUUUCUGUAAACAUCUUUUUUUUUUUUUUUUCCAGUUAUUUGUAUUUCAGCAGGCCUUGUUUCUGUCUUUCAAGUGGACCGUGUUUAUAUACUUCCUUGUGCUUUCAUCAUUAAA